GACACAUCCACCAUCGACUCGGUUCCCUUACCGUUCGAUACCAGCAUCCUCAAGAACUUCACUGUCGCGAGUUGCCCCAAGUUCUUCAAGAAAUUCCUCACCGACAAAUCCAUCAAUGACUGUCAUGGCAUCUCCCUGCUCCUGCACGACUCCACCUCUUUCUUCCACACUCUCUCUUCGGCGCCGGCCACCUCCCGCAUCUUGGAUCAGUCCUGUAACGCGGACGUCAAAAAAUGCUCCACCACCAUGCGCAAAAUGGCCGAGGAUCUGAUCAAAGACGACCACUGCGGGAAGGACUACCGAAACGGCAACCCGAACGUCGUCAAUGCAUACACCGACCUGAUCAUCUACGAACCCGUCUAUCGCGCAAGUUGCCUUAAGAACCCAGACACGAAAGACUACUGUUUCGUCGACGCUGUCAAGAACCGAUCCAACGCGGCCAACUACGACAUUUACUCCCUGCCAUACGGCGUCUCUCUCCUCAAAGACCCUUACCCAGACUGCAACGAAUGUGUGCAAGCCUCUCUCGAUGUUUUCGGCCGGUGGGCAGAGGUCGAUGGCCAGCCCCUCGCGCGAUCGUAUCUGCAAUCAGCCAAAAACAUGAACGAGAAAUGCGGCGCGAAGUUCUCGAACACGAACAUCACAGCCGGUAGCGCUAAGAUGACCUCCGGGGCGUGG